AUGACAGACAGAUUGAUCGCCGUAACCAAGCUCGUCAAGCUACACACGCUCUUUGUUGGGACCUUCCUCGCCGCCAUGGUCCUCCGGACUCCUCUCCACCCACUUGUAAAGUGCUGUCUUCGUGGCAAGUAUACGAAACCUCAUAGCGUAUCGCCCCUUUGUAGCGGACAACAAAAUGAACAACUACAGAGGUUGUCGGUUCGCUACUCUGACUUGGGAUUGAAUUGUAGAUCGGUAGGCCUGGCAAAUAUUUUCUGCCGUUGUCUGCGACACGGAGAUCGCCGUCUGCACGUCACAAAAAAACGAAAACGCAGACAAAAACUGAAACAAAAACAAAGGAAAGGGAGAGGUUUUGGUGGCAGGCGGGUAAGUAGGUUGUUCGUCGCGCAGGUCUAG